CUGUGACUGCCUGACUGCCUUAGGCCACCAACAUUCGGAACCAUUCCGCAGCCUGUUGCAUCAUCGCAUCCAUGUGCUAAUCAAGCAUCCACCAACUUCCCUCACCAUCUCCUCUACCCCUCAAUCCCUCCAUCCUCUCUCCUCAAUCCCAACCCCACCACCACCACAACAAAACAACCAACCCCAAAAUGACAGACCCCAACCCCCCGCACCACCCCACCUCGACCAGCAGCUGGCACGGCACCAUCCCCAGCGCGACCUUCCCGGCCUCCCCAACGCGCUACCACCUCUACAUCGGGCUCUUCUGCCCGUUCGCGCACCGGGUCAACUUCGUCCGGCACCUGAAAGGCCUGACCAAGAUCCUGCCCACCAGCAUCGUGCGCCCGUACCCGAAGGGCGAUCUGAAGGGCUGGCCCGGGUGGAAGUUCCCCGCCACGGACGACGAGUAUGCCGGCGCGACGGUCGAUCGGCUGUACGGGUCGGAGUACCUGCACGAGGUGUAUUUCCGGGCCGAUCCGGGGUAUAAGGGGCGGUAUUCGGUGCCGUUGCUUUGGGAUGUUGAGGGGGGCGGGGCGGUUUGUAAUGAAAGUCUCGAGCUCCUGCGCUGGCUACCGCACGCGUUCAACGCGCACAUCCCGCCCUCCCUCGCCUCGAUCGACCUGUACCCGGCGCACCUGCAGACGAAAAUUGAUGCCAUCAGCCCGUGGAUGCAAUCCGACAUCAACACGGGGGUGUACAAAGCCGGGUUCGCUGAUUCGCAGGAGUCCUACGAUAAGAACGUGGUGCCGGUGUUCGGGGCGCUGAAUAAGAUGGAGCGGAUUGUCGCGGCAAACGGCGGGCCGUUCGUGCUGGGCACGGUGAUGACGGAGCUGGAUGUCAUGCUGUAUGCGACGCUGAUCCGGUUCGAUGUCGUGUAUGUUCAGCACUUCAAGUGCAAUCUCGGGACCAUUCGGCAUGAUUACCCCGUGCUGCAUAAUUGGUUGAAGGGGAUGUAUUGGGAUGUGGAGGCCGCGAGGGCGUCGACGGACUUUAGGCAUAUUAAGGAGAAUUAUACGAAGAGCCAUUGGCAGGUCAACCCGACGGCGAUUACCCCGAUGGGCCCGUUCCCGGAUAUCGAGGAGGGGGUGGAGAGGGAUUGGAGUGUGUUGCGGGUUGGGGGGGUGAGGCAUCCGGCGGUGGUGGAGUACGAGGCGGGGAUUCCGGAUACCGAAGCCAAAAUGAAAUUCAUCCUCCUCUCCGCCAUCUCCCUCCUCGCGGCGUUCGCGAGCGCGACCGCCAGUCCGGAUCCCGCGGGGAUCAACUUCGGGGUGGGCGCCAACGCGGCGGCCGAGGCCGAGGCGGCGGCGAACGCGGGCGCGGGGGUGGGGAUUGAGAUUUGA